CCCCGGCCCUGCCAUGUUCUCCAGCAGGUUUCUGACUCCAUCGCAGACGGAGCCGUCGGAAUCGCGCACGCAUACAACGUAAACAUCCUCCAGUAACACGCAAUCCUCAUGGACCCGACCCCAACCGUGCCCGCACCGCAGCUCUUCUCUCUCGCGGGGCAAAACGUGCUGAUCACAGGGGCCACCCGCGGCAUCGGUGCUGCUUGUGCGGUUGCUCUCGCUGAGGCCGGAGCGAAUAUAUGUCUUGUUCGCCGUCCCAACUCCACCAACGAUGAAACGUCCGAUGCGGUCGCUGCCACAGGCCGAACGGUCAAAACUGUGGACUGCGACCUGGCAGAUCUUGACGCCGUGAAAGGCCUCUUCCAGAGGGCGCUCGACCUCAUGGGAGGAGAGAUCCAUGUCCUCGUCAAUUGCGCUGGAAUACAGCGGAGAUCCCCGGCCGUCCAAUUUGCCGAAUCCGACUGGGAUGAUGUCCUCAACGUGAACCUCAAGUCCGUAUGGCUCCUCUCGCAGUCUGCGGGCCAGCACAUGGUCCCGCGUCGCCGCGGGAAGAUCAUUAACUUCUGCUCCCUCCUGACUUUCCAGGGCGGGUUCACCGUGCCUGCGUACGCGUCCGCCAAGGGCGCUCUCGGCCAGCUGACCAAGGCCCUCAGUAACGAGUGGAGCAAGGACAACGUCCAGGUCAACGGGAUCGCCCCCGGCUACAUCGCCACCGACAUGAACGAGAAGCUGCUGCAAGACCCGGUGCGCCUGCGCCAAAUUUCGGAACGCAUCCCUGCGGGACGGUGGGGCGAGCCGCGGGACUUCGCUGGCCCUGUCGUUUUCCUGGCGAGUACCGCGAGCCAGUAUGUGUGUGGGGAAAUCCUGGUCGUCGACGGGGGGUGGAUGGGGCGGUGAAAGUCAGCACUGACGCGAACGCGGGCACGAGCACGAGCCGUGGUUCGCUGGGAAGAACGUUAGUGCGUCGUCGGAACCUGGGAGAAGCAAGAGGCGUGUGCAAAUGCGCCGCGCUAGCUAGUCUGGAGAAGAAGCGAAGAACCUGUAGACCUGUACUCCAUAUGCCAAAUGCAACAAUGCAACGCGUCUCAUGGCCACAAUUUACC